GUAUUUUAAUCCAUCAAGUCAAAUCGUUCUACUACGUAGCUCAGUGGUUUUAUUUUGAAGGCGCAGGCCGGAACAUGCGUUUCUAAGCUGCGUAAAAACACUUGACGUCGGUCUUCCCGUCCACCCCGUGAUCUCCAAAACAACAUAACAAAGUGGGGGUGAAAACAUGGCGAGCGGAGAGGAGGCCAGAAGACGCCCCUCGGUUUCCUCCUCUUCGGUCGGCCUCGAGUCUCUGUUCCCCGCGGGGAGUGAGGAGCAGGCCUGCGAGGACGCGAACCCGGAGCUGACGCUGCUGCGGGAGCGCCUCCAGGGCUGGUUGUCGCCGUACGAGCCGCUGCUGCUGUGGGCGCAGAGGCUGCUAGUGUGGGAGAGGCCGCUCUACAGCGUCUCCGUCGCCCUGACACUCAACACUUUAUUCUGGCUUUUGUCCUCCACGUCCCUGCGGCCUCUGUUCCUGCUGAGUGUGUCCCUGCUGGGACUCAUGCUGCUGGAGAGAUGGAAGCCCAAAAUACCCAUCAUUACUGUUCAACCUGCAGAGAUCGAGCCUGCACAGAGUGACGCGAUGAGUGGCGAGCAUCAUCUGCUCAGCGUCCCUGAGCUCAGUCACCACCUGGCCGAGAGUUACCUGACCUGCUGUCUGUACCUGCAGGAGACGCUGCAGUACAAGAGGCAGAACCACGGCAAGUUCUGUGUGAUGAUGAGCAGCAGCUGCUUCGUCCUGGCUGUGCUCGGACAUUACGUCCCGGGAAUCAUGAUCUCGUACAUCAUGGGUCUGAGCGUCCUGCUGUGGCCUCUGGUGGUUUAUCAUGAACUCAUCCAGAGGAUGUACACGGGCCUGGAGCCCAUCCUGAUGAAACUGGACUACAGCAUGAAGGGAGACACCGAGCACCGCAAGCACGACAAGAGGAAGGUGAAGAAAGAGCUGGAGGAGGGUGACGAGCCAAGAGCUGAAACGGAGAGCGAGAGUGAGGAGGAGCUGUCUUGUUUUGCCACCACGGUGGACGUGAAAACGACCGCUCUGGCCAUGGCCAUCACAGACUCUGAGCUGUCGGACGAGGAGGCGUCCAUCUUAGAGAGCGGAGGCUUCUCUGUGUCCAGAGCCACCACUCCUCAACUGACCGACGUCUCUGAAGACCUGGACCAGCAGAGUUUCCACAGCGACCCAGAGGAGUCCUACCUCCGCGACCUCCCAGAGUUCCCCUCGGUGGAGGAGUUCCCAUCCAUCGACCACAACCUCCUCCUCUUCCCCCUGCGAGGCCCCGCCCACCCGGAUGGAGCGCAGGCCGGCACUCAGGCGGAGGCGGAGCCGCUGAGCCCCGCCACGCUCCUCAUCCAGCACCUCGCCUCCCCGCUCCACUUUGUCAACACGCAUUUCAACGGACACGGACAGCCACCGGGGGGCGCGGGCCCGCCGGUGACGGAGGCGGGGCCACCGGGGGGCGGAGAGGAGAAGGAGACGGCGGUGGCUCAGGGCGCACAGCGCUCCCUGGAGGCGUUGAGUGAGGAGAUAGUGAGCACGGCCAUCUCCACCGUGGUGCAGAACACUCUGUCAGCGCUGCUGUCGUCCAGCGACGCCACCGAGGAGUCCGCUCUCGCUGAGCUCCUCCCCACUCUGGAGAGCCACGCCCACACCGCGGCUGACACUACAGUCACCAGCACAGAGGCAGCGCCAGACGAGGUGGCGCUGCCGCUGCCGACCGCCAACAAGGAGCCGGACGAGGCGGCGGCGGAGGCGGCAGAGGAGCUGCCCGACGACACACUGGUGCCCACCGAGGACGAGGACUUUGAGCUUCUGGACCAAAGUGAACUGGAGCAGGUGGACGAGGAGCUGGAGCUCGGCUCUGACAGACAGGUACACACACCUCCACCUCCACCUCCUCUACAACAACCGCGGUCGUAGCUUCAGCGCUCCAUCUCCUCUGUAUCCAGACGUACGGACGCGUACCGCACAUUUAUCACAGUUUGACGUUUAAUCCUGCGUUUGUUUGUUGAUGGUUUGGUUCGUUCUUCGCUUUCUUAUUAAGCCGCGCGUUCACACUACAACCGUCUCCAGCCCGGGAAAAGCCUUGCUUAGUUAUUUUUAAACUAAAAGAAAUCAGAAAUGAUGACCCUCCAGGUCCAGGUCUUUGUAUCUCCAGGAGUGUCCAGAUGUCGUUCCAGAUUAACUGACGCUCCAUCUUCUCCCUCUAGUUUCUCGAGCUCCAGGGAAAGAAAACUUGACGUCCGACGUUGUCGUCGUUAAAACAAAAGUAACGCGCUGACAUUUCCAAUCAGGAAAGUCAGUGUUGAGGGAUUGAGAUUAAAUCUGGUUUAAUCCCUCAAAUGUGGCUCAUGAUCGUCAAAACCUAAACGUGAAACCUAUCACCAGACCCUUGAAAUUUGACUAUGACUGAAACCAGCGAUUGGCUGAUACAAUCUUCAGUUUAAGUAUGAUUCUAGGCCAUAAUCCCUGCAUAAUCCCAAAACAUGACCAGUGUCUUCCAUGCAGUUAAGGUUCUUUGUUUUGAUUUUUAUACGGCCGCUUAAAGUGAACAUCGUCAUUCACCUGUCCUCGUCGAUGCAGUCCUCAGUUUAAAUCUGAUUCUAGGCCAUAAUCUCCCAAUAAUCCCAAAACAUGACUAGCAUCUUCCACGCAGUUAAAGUUCUUUUGUUUUGGGUAAAGUGAACAUUUUGAGUCUGCGGCAGUGAAGACGUCAGAGGAGAAGAAACCGUAGACGACCUUGAAUCCGAUUUUAGAUUAAACCUGGAUUAACGUGUCGUUGGUUGUAGUGUGAACCGGGUUUUUUUCAGGUGUCACUUUCAGCCUCUGUUUCCUGACGUUGUUUCACUUCAGGACCAUCUUUGUUUUCGUGUUUUUCUUUUUUGGGAUCAUUGGCUUCUAUUGCUUGGCUUUCAUCACAUACUGUAGAUUUAAUCUGUGUUUAAUCUUUACUUUAAUUUCAUUAAUUAAUAAAAAAACAACCAAAAUGUAGAGAGGGAAAACAUUUGCAGGUGUCGUGGUUCAGGAUCUUAAACUGGGAUUAACACGAGAACGAUACCUUUAUCGUUUUUAAAACCUUUUGUUUUUCUUCCAGACGGUCAUAUGAAGAUGAUAUUACUAUUAUUAUAAUAUAUAUAUAGAGAGAGAUAUACGAUAAUAAAUUAUUUAAUUUAAGUUGAUUGCACCUUUUUGUUUGUUUUGUUUAAAGUUGGUUUUUUUUGUCCCUUCAGUUUCCAAAAUCCCAAAGUUAAACAUCGUAAUCUGAGCCCGCCAGAGCUCCAUGGUUACACUUAAUCUUUCAUUUCUGACAUCGGUGGAUGUCGUAGAUUGAAGUCAUCGGGCGUCAACGCGUGAUUGGGAUUAUUUUCUGGUCGUUUGGUUCACAAAGUGUCAGAAAAUAGAGGAAAUAAACCACAAAUAUUCACAUUUACGGAGCUAAAAAACAAUUAGUUCGGAUUUAUUUCAUUGAAUUUCUAUUCUUUAACCACAAUUAUGUCCAGACGUUUAAUCCAGAAGUAAGCGGUUUGUUUGUUGUAUAGAAAACGGGGAAAAAAAAGAAA